AUGGCUGACGUAGUCAAUAGUCUCCUAUUGUUGUUCGAUCGCCCAAAUGAACCAAUGAUUUCUUUGAAAGGCGAAAACAAAGCUUUAUUCCAAUUGACCGAACAGCAUCUGGGAGAGGACUACAGGAGAAAUGGAAUUGAAAUAAACAACCGUUUCGGGAAAGAGGCGAAUGAAGUUAUACCUGUAAAACAAUUGAAGAGAGUGCCCCAGUUUCCAAAGGCGAGGCGGUUGGCGCAAGACUCUGAAUUCUCUAUUCUACUACCAGCCCACCUGGAAAUGGCUGAUGAAGUCAUAGACGAGAUGUUAGCCGUCCCUGAAAACCAACUACAAGACUUCCUUUCAACGUGUGUAUUUGCAAGAUCUAACUUAAAUCCUCAAUUGUUCAACUACUGCUAUUCCGUCGCCUUGAUGCACAGGAAGGACACCAAAAAUGUUCCAAUUCAGAACUUUGCUGAAACAUUUCCUUCAAAGUUCGUAACUUCUCAAGUAUUUGCUAGCGCUCGCGAAAUUGCUGCAGUUGCAGCUCAAGGAGCUCGGCGUACACCAAUUAUAAUUCCGGCAGACUAUACAGCUACCGACCUGGAUGUCGAACAUCGUUUGGCUUAUUGGAGAGAAGACAUCGGAAUAAACCUCCACCACUGGCACUGGCAUCUCGUAUACCCGUUCACUUCUAACCAGCGCGAGAUCGUGGCGAAAGACCGUCGCGGAGAACUGUUCUAUUACAUGCAUCAACAAGUUAUUGCUAGAUACAACGGAGAGCGUCUAAUCAAUCUGCUAGGCAGAACAAAAAAAUUCAGCGACUUUACGGAAGCAGCGCCUGAAGCCUACUUCCCUAAAUUAGACAGUCUGACGACCUCUCGCGGCUGGCCCCCGCGCCAAGCGUUCAUGCGGUGGCAGGACCUUAACCGACCUGAAGAUGGUCUAUUAGUGACCCUAGCUGAUAUGAACCGCUGGAGAAGGAAUAUUGAGGAAGCUAUAGCCACUGGAUUAGUUAGACUGCCUAAUGGAACAACGCAACCUCUUGACAUCGACACUCUGGGCAACAUCGUGGAGGCCAGUAUCCUGUCGCCGAACAGAGAGUAUUACGGCUCUCUACACAACAAUGGACAUAAUUUAGCUGGCUAUCUGCAUGAUCCCACAAACCGCUAUCUUGAAUCAUUUAAUGUGAUAUCAGACGAAGCAACUAACAUGCGUGACCCCUUCUUCUACCGCUGGCACGCUUUCAUUGACGACUUGUUCCAAAAGUUCAAGGAGUCUCCAAACAAUCCUCCCUAUGAAAGAUCUGAGCUAGAGAAUCCAGGAGUUCAGAUAACCUCAGCACAGAUCGAGAGCUCCACCGGCGAUGUGAACACGCUCAACACCUUCUGGAUGCAAAGCGACGUGGACCUGUCGCGGGGACUGGACUUUUCGGACCGCGGCCCGGUGUACGUGCGCUUCACUCACCUCAACCACCGGCCUUUCAGAUAUGUAAUUAACGCCAACAACACGGGCAGCGCACGCCGCGCCACUUGCCGCAUAUUCAUAUCUCCAAAGUUUGACGAGCGCAACUUACCCUGGAUCCUAAACGACCACCGCAAGAUGUUCAUCGAGAUGGACAGAUUUAUCGUACCAUUGAACGCAGGACAAAACACAAUAACCCGUCUAUCAACGCAAUCCGUCUUGACCAUCCCGUUCGAGCAAACUUUCCGCGACCUGUCGGCUCAGGGGAGCAACCCGCGCGCCCCGAGCCUUCAAAGCUUCAACUUCUGCGGCUGCGGCUGGCCACAACACAUGCUGGUUCCGAAGGGUACGGAGGCGGGCAGUCCGUACGACCUGUUUGUGAUGCUAUCCAACUAUGACUUGGACCGUGUAAACAAUCCUGAAGGAAAUCAGUCCGACUGUGUGGAAGCAUCCAGUUUCUGUGGACUUCGGGACAGGCUGUAUCCCGACAGACGUGCCAUGGGCUACCCAUUCGAUCGUCCCUCUAGAACUGCGGCUAACAUCCAAGAUUUUAUACUUCCUAACAUGUCUCUUACUGACAUUACGAUCCGCUUACAAAAUGUCACCGAACAAAAUCCAAGGAACCCUAAGACA